AUGGACGAUUCAAACGACAUUCCUGCUGCUGGCGCAUACUCACACAAUCCAAUUCGGAAUACCAUUGACGAAAUGAUUGAAUCCGAUACUAUGGAGCCUUCUUCUAGUGCUCAACCCAAGUCUACUGCUCGAGGCAUUCUAAAGCGCAAGUCCAAUUCUGAGCAGCCAAAAACUAGAGGGAUUUGCUGGGAUGAAGAUAACCUUAUGAUUACUGAGGCACAAAAAGACUCAACAAUGAAGGUGACGGAACCCAAAACACCAUUUAUCAGAUACGAUUCAACCACAGACCAGCUGUUGGGCUCUACAGGAACGGUCCCACCAUUGGAGCUCGCUACUGCCAUAGAGAAUUCACGUAAUAGAUCUGACUCGCUAUCGUCAGAAACACUCCCUGCAGAGCUCGAUAUGCGGAUGCAGAUGUGUGAAUUUAGUGGAAAUGAGUGGCAAUCUGACGGUGAUAUAGACGAUGCAACCAGUGAAGAUCAAAAUAAGCGUUUGAAAUUUAGCUCACAUCGAUCAGAGCACUACAAUAUGAAAAACAUAUUACGGCGGGGUCGUGAGCUGAUACAGCACGAAAAAGAUGACGAUGCUUAUAAUGAUCCUGACCAGUAUAAUGAAAGCGAUGAUAUGAGUGAUGUCGAUCUAGAAGAGGAUGGAUGGGCAAGUGAGGAUGAAGAUGCAGACCAGAUCAAUGCACUGCGCAAAGAAGCCGUACCGCCAUUGCAUCUAUCAAACUCGUCUGUUCGUUUUGCUUCCGAGCCAGUAGAUAGUGAAGGCAGUGCAGCCAAAAACAUAAUGUCUUGAUAUAAAUAUAUAUUUAACCUUUUUGGUGUGGUUAUAA